AUGGGUUGGUCCGAUACUUGGAAGGAUAUUCUGGAUGGUGGUAACCAACGAUGGAAGGUGGACAACCUGGACGCCAAGAAGAUUGCCUUGAAGCAUAUUACCGACAACACUAUUACAUCCUCUGCCAGGAAACUCAAGAUUUUGUGUCCAUUGGCGGGAGAUGAUAAAUUUGUAUUUCAUGCUUGGAGUGAAGGGCACGACGUGACGGCCAUUGAUCUCGUACCGGAAGCAGUGGCGGCCAUGCGACAGCAAUUUGGCAGUAGUACUGAUGGCUGGACUUCCACCCCGAAGGAAGACGAGGGACUGGUAUGGAAGCAUGACAGUGGAAGAGUCACCUUGUACGAGGGUGAUAUGCUGAAGAAGCGAUCGGAACUGGAAAACUCCUUUGAUGCAAUUUACGACAAGGACUCCUAUGGAGCACUGACAAAGGAUAUAAGACCGGCAUUCUGCCAACGACUAUCCGAUUAUGCAAAGGAUGGUGCAACCUUGUACAUUGAAGUCAAAAACAAGGCUUCUGGACGAGAACAUGGCCCCCCAUUUCACGUUGAAAAGAGUGAUUUGAUGGAAAGCACCAGCUUUGGGCCUUACUUCAACCACGUCACAGCCUUGGGUGAACUGUAUCCACUACCAAUGCCUGGUAUGCAACAAACUGGGCACAUCCUCAAGCGAAUGCUGAGAAAGUGA